AUGCACAUUCUCUUACUAUCCCUGACAGGAAAGAAGCACCGCGGUGGGUUCUUUGGCUCAGGAUCCGCCCCCAACUCUGCCAACCUAGAUGCUCAUGCUGACAAAUUUCACUUUCCCCGGGCAACGCCUCUCAAACUCCGGCUUGCCACAGUCCACCUCGUCGAACUUGCCUGCCUUCCGCUAUACUCUGAACUCGUUUGGCUUCUAGACUUCUCCGUCUGUGCUCUUUUCGUCUUUUUGAUCAAUGAACUAGUCCUAGGCUUGCGGCAGAUGUCAAUGUCGGCAUAUAAUGCCACGGUGACUGGGAAUAACAGUAGCGAUGCUAGCGGUUUUUUCCUUGUUCACAGCUUCUUUGCUCCAAGCACCAUAAACGUGAGCUUAGUCUGGUGUGCCUUCUUAGUUUGGUUCUCCCUCACCGCACUCUUCUCCACCUUCUGCAUCUACGUUCGCCCCAGAAGCGAGGAGGUCAAAGAUCGUGAGGAUACCAUCGAAAGACGGAAAAACGGAGUCAGUGGCGCUGUUAGCAACAAUACUGCCUCUUCAAGCACUGAAAUUGCUUCAGAAUGGCCUCUACUCUUAACGACGGCUUUCUGCUCCUUUGUUGCUGCCAUGUUCUGCAUCAGUACGGAUGGUCGAUGCUUUGAUCUGCAACUGUAUUCUGCAUAUGGGAAUCUCAGCUUUUCGAGCGGACAGGCAGCAUCUUCGACCGUCAGUUGGGGCAUGUUUCAGUCAACACUGGCCCUGAUGGCUGCCCUAAUUGGGAUGCUAUUUGCUUUCCCCGGGCUCCAGACUGGCAGAGUGUAUUUAGAGGCAAUUAAGAACUCCGAUUCAGUGCUGACGCGGGCGCUCUUUCAUAUAAAUUUCAUUGCACCCUUUUGUGCACUCCUACUGUGGGUAUCGCCCGUGAUUUCCCAGAUUUCUCCUACACUACUGCAGUCUGCACAGACCAACUCACAACGCUUCGGCCCUCGAUGGAACUCCCUAGCAGUAAUCGUGGCUGGUAUAUUUUCGCCCGAAAAUAUUUGUAGCCUUCGUUUGGCGGCCUGUGUCUUGGUCCUCUGUCUCCGCCUUUUCAUGACUAGACGGCAUAUGCAGGCCUACCUGGGGACGGCUCAGUCGCGCAUUGACAGGCUGAACAAUGAGCCGGGACGGAUCUCCAAUUUCGAAGUUCAGCGCCUGGUUGCUAGCGUCUUCCACUGCUUCAACUUUGCCGCCUUACAGUACCUGGCACCUGCACUCCUCACUGUCGGCCUUAUCUGCUCAUACAAAACUACCACUGGCACGCCUUGGUUACCUCUGGGCCUUAACACCUCCUCUGGGUUGAAGUCUUCUGGUGUCGGCGUACGUCAGCACUCAUUAGAUUCGGUUCUUACGCUCUUUUCUCAGCACGAUUGGGACUCCAUCUCCUCUGCACCUUGGUUUGCCGCCGUACAAGAGACACGGGAAGCCUUUGGUGAGAUCCUGGACUCUAUGCGAUACCCGGCGUGGCACGCUUGCCACGGCAUCCUAGGCUUUUUGCUGUGGUGGACUCUCGCCUCAUGGCAGGCCAUCACAAGCAUUGGAAUGGCCUACUAUCGGUUUCUUGACUGA